AGUGGCUCAUAGCCGGCGCCAAUGCCAAGCUUUCCCCAAAACGAAUCGAAAUCUAUAUAUAUAUUGGAACAUUCUUGCAGAACAAAAAAAAUAAAAUAAUGCUUACUGAGGGUUACCAGUGGCUCUUAAAGACCAGCAGGGAUAAUUUGUUUGCCCUUUUUCAAUUGUUGUUGGGCUAUCAAUUUGUACGCUGGUUCAUCGAAUUCUACGAGCAAGUAACUUCUAGAGGAGGAUAUGAGCGACAAGUGAAUAAUAAUAAUAAAGAAGACGAUGAUAAUAAUGCAAACUACAAUGAUGAUGAUGAUGAUGAUGAUGAAGUAAACGAAGUGACGCCGAUUAGUGAUCGAUGCAAUGUGAAUGCUGAAACUAUGGGAAAUGCAGGCAUUAAGAGCAGCAGCGGCAGCAGCAGCAGCAUUAAAAAACAAACAAAAUCGUUACGAAAACGCCACAGUGAGUGUUCAAUGGCCAAAGAUAUGGAGAUUCACAGCAUACCCAUUAGCGAGGGUCAAAAUGCUGAGCAUGUGCUGUACCGUUUGAAACGUGGCUCCAAAUUGUGUGUCCAUCCGGAUUCCUCUCUAUUGGGUCGUAAGAUUGCACUCUAUACGAAUUAUCCUGCAGAGGGAAAGAAAUUUGUGCGUACCGAAUAUCGUCUAUUGGAUUGGCAUUUGAAAAAUGGCAAACAAAUCACAACAGUUAUGCAUCCGGAGGCUCAUGUGGUGGACACCGAUAUCUAUGCUCAGGUGGAAUUGCAAAUAUCGGGCACAUUUCGGUUUUACUUCACUUAUGCUGAAAGGGAAGUGAACUCUACUUCGCCACCAGAUGGUGCUCUCUAUGUCCAAGUAGAACCCACUUUGCAUGUGGGACCACCUGGAGCCCAAAAGAUUAUACCUUUGGAUUCGGUUCGUUGCCAGACGGUGAUGACAAAACUUUUAGGACCCCUCAAUACCUGGGAAUCAAAGUUACGUGUGGCCAAGGAGUCGGGCUACAAUGUCAUACACUUUACUCCUAUCCAAGAAUUAGGUGGCUCACGUUCAGGUUACUCGCUAAGGGAUCAGCUAAAGGUCAGCUCUAAUUGUGCCAGUAAAAAGGGUGAAAAGAUCACAUUCGAAGACGUUGAGAAAGUCAUCAAAAAAUGUCGCCAAGAAUGGGGGGUGGCCUCCAUUUGUGAUAUUGUCUUGAAUCACACAGCCAAUGAAUCGGAAUGGCUAUUACAACAUCCGGAUGCAACAUAUUCAUGUACAACCUGUCCCUAUUUGCGUCCGGCUUUUUUGCUCGAUGUUGCUCUGGCCCAAUGUGGCAGUGAUAUUGCAGCAGGCAACUUGGAACAUGUGGGCGUGCCUUCCAUUAUCGAUUCAGAGUGCCAUUUGGAAGCCUUAAAGUACCAACUGCAUAAUACCUAUCUAUCCAAGGUCAAUAUCUAUGAACUGUAUCAAUGCGAUGUUAUGAAAUAUGUCAAUGAAUUUAUGACCCAAGUGCGGACUCGAGAGCCACCGAAGAAUGUGGCGAAUGAGUCACGCUUUAGGGAGAUUCAAUUGAUACAGGAUCCUGGAUAUAGACGCCUGGCUAGUACUAUCAAUUUUGAACUGGCAUUGGAUAUAUUUAAUGCUUUCCAUGGCGACUGUUUCGAUGAGGAGUCACGUUUCCGCAAGUGCGCCGAAACGCUGAGGCAUCAUUUGGAUGAUCUUAACAAUCGAGUAAGGGGAGAGAUUCAGGAAUAUCUCAAUUAUGCCAUAGACAAUUGCCUGGCAGGAGUACGCUAUGAGAGAGUCCAGCAUGACGGGCCACGGGUACGAGAAAUAUCGGAAAAGCAUUCCGUAUUCAUGACUUACUUCACUCACACUGGUUGUCUGGGCAAAUCAUUGAAUGAGAUCGAAAAGGACAUGUACACGAAGGCUGGUGACUUGUUUAUGGCCCACAAUGGCUGGGUCAUGGGCUCCAGCGAUCCGUUGAAAGACUUUGCCGAAGAGCAACCCGGUCGGGCCAAUGUCUAUCUAAAGCGAGAAUUGAUCUCCUGGGGCGAUAGUGUGAAGCUACGCUUUGGUCGUAAACCAGAGGACAGUCCCUACUUGUGGCGUCACAUGACGGAAUAUGUGGAGACCACUGCCCGCAUUUUUGAUGGUGUUCGUCUGGAUAAUUGUCAUUCAACUCCCUUGCAUGUGGCUGAGUAUUUAUUGGAUGCUGCCCGUAAAAUCAAUCCGGAACUGUAUGUUGUGGCCGAAUUGUUUACCAAUUCCGAUGGAACGGAUAAUGUAUUUGUCAAUCGCUUGGGCAUUACCUCACUCAUACGUGAAGCUCUCUCCGCCUGGGAUGCUCAUGAGCAGGGAAGAUUGGUUUAUCGCUAUGGUGGUGUCCCCGUGGGCGGAUUCUAUGCUAAUCCCAUGCGUGAUGCAGCUUCCACUGUGGCACACGCUUUGUUCUUGGACUUGACCCAUGACAAUCCUUCGCCUGUGGAAAAGCGCUCAGUCUAUGAUCUUCUACCAUCGGCUGGUUUGGUUGCCAUGGCUUGUUGCGCCACAGGAAGUAAUCGUGGCUACGAUGAACUGGUACCACAUCAUAUCCACGUGGUAGAUGAAGAGCGUCCUUAUCAGGAAUGGGGCAAAGGAGUGGACGCUGCUUCGGGCAUUAUUGGAGCCAAGCGAGCUCUGAAUCUUCUGCAUGGCCAACUAGCCGAAGAGGGUUUCAGUCAGGUUUAUGUUGAUCAAAUGGAUCCAAAUGUAGUGGCAGUCACUCGUCAUUCACCCAUCUCCCAUCAGACGGUGAUCCUUGUAGCCCACACAGCUUUCAGCUAUCCGGAUCCCAAUGCAGGACCCACUCAUGUGCGUCCCCUUACCUUUGAGGGUGUUUUGGAUGAGGUGAUUUUGGAGGCCAGUUUAACCAUGCAAAGUGACAAGCCCUUCGAUCGGCCAGCACCGUUUAAGAGGAGUGAGAAUGUUAUCAAUGGAUUCACUCAGUUUAAGCUGAAUCUCCAGGAGCACAUACCUCUGAGCAAAUCCCAAGUGUUUAGCACUCAAUUGUCUGUGGAGGGCAACAAUACGGUGCUUCACUUUGCAAAUCUUCGUCCGGGUACAGUGGUUGCUAUACGCGUGUCCAUGCAUCCUGGACCACGCAAUAGUUUCGCCAAACUGCAACAAUUGACAAAUGAUCUGCGUCUGGGCACCAAUGAGGAACUCCAAGCGAUUGUCAGCAAGUUGGAUCUUCCCUCCUUGAGUCCAGCCAUCUUCAGUUGUGAUCAGGAGGAACGAGAUUUGGGCUUGGGCGGCACAGCCUAUGAUAUUCCCAACUUUGGACCCUUGGUCUAUUGUGGCUUGCAGGGAUUUGUGUCAUUGCUGACGGAGAUUUCACCACACAACGAUUUGGGUCAUCCUCUGUGCAAUAAUCUACGUGAUGGCAACUGGAUGAUGGAUUAUAUAGCAGAUCGUCUGAACAAUUAUGACGAACUGAAACCACUUUCGAAAUGGUUUAAAGAUGCUUUUGAGCCCUUGAAGAAUAUACCACGUUACCUCAUACCCUGUUAUUUUGAUGCCAUUGUAAGUGGAGUAUACAAUGUGCUCGUUCAACAGGUUAACAACUUGAUGCCCAGUUUCAUACGCGAUGGUCAUCAGUUUCCCCAAUCGUUAGCUCUCUCCACUCUUCAGUUUUUGGCUGUUUGCAAGUCGGCCAAUAUGCCUGGAUUCAGUCCGGCCUUAAGUCCACCGAAACCACCUAAGCAAUGUGUCACUCUAGCAGCUGGUUUAACCCAUUUCUCAACGGGUUACAUGCGUUGCUGGGGUCGGGAUACUUUCAUAGCCCUGCGUGGCUGCAUGUUGCUCACCGGCCGUUUUAACGAGGCCAGAUUCAUUAUUCUGGGAUUCGGUGAGUGCCUUAGACAUGGGCUCAUACCAAAUCUUCUGGACAGUGGCAAGCCUAGAUUCAAUUGUCGCGAUGCCGUGUGGUGGUGGUUGCACAGCAUCAAACAAUAUGUGGAAUCUGCUCCCAAGGGUGCAGACAUUCUCAAGGAUAAAGUCUCCCGCAUUUUCCCCUAUGAUGAUGCGGAGCCACAUGCUCCGGGAGCCUUUGAUCAGGUGCUAUACGAUGUGAUGCAGGAGGCUCUGCAGAUUCAUUUCCAAGGCCUGCAAUACCGUGAGCGUAAUGCUGGCCAGCAAAUCGAUGCCCACAUGGUUGAUGAGGGAUUCAACAAUCAUAUUGGUGUUCAUCCCGAAACUGGAUUCGUUUAUGGUGGCAAUGUCUUCAAUUGUGGCACUUGGAUGGACAAAAUGGGUUCGUCUGAGAAGGCGAACAAUCGCGGUCGCCCGAGUACUCCCCGUGAUGGUUCCGCCGUGGAGUUAGUUGGUCUACAGUAUGCUGUCUUGCGUUUUAUGCAAGGACUGGCCGAGAAGCAGGUCAUACCAUAUACGGGAGUGGAACGCAAAGGCCCGUCGGGCGAACAAACGAAAUGGAGCUUCAAGGAGUGGGCAGAUCGCAUCAAGGAGAACUUUGAUAAACAUUUCUUUGUCGGCGAUCAAGAGACCUGUGCCGUGGCCAAUAAACGAGGUAUCUACAAGGAUAGCCAUGGAGCCACUCAAAGCUGGACGGACUUCCAAUUGCGUUGCAAUUUCCCCAUCACUUUGACGGUGGCACCCGAUCUAUGUAAUCCCCAGAAGGCUUGGCGUGCCUUGGAGCUGGCCAAGAAGCAUCUUCUCGCUCCCCUGGGCAUGAAAACUCUGGAUCCCGACGAUUGGAACUAUCGUGCCAAUUAUGAUAACUCAAAUGAUUCAACUGAUUGCACCGUGGCUCAUGGCGCCAACUAUCAUCAAGGACCAGAAUGGCUUUGGCCAAUUGGUUUCUAUUUGCGUGCUCGUCUCAUUUUCGCCAAGAAAUGCGGACACUUGGAUGAGACAAUAGCCGAAACAUGGUCCAUUUUGAGGGCUCAUCUAAGGGAAUUGCAAACAUCGCAUUGGCGUGGCCUGCCCGAGUUGACGAAUGAUAAUGGAUCCUAUUGCCCGGACUCUUGUCGCACUCAGGCCUGGAGUAUUGCCGCCAUAUUGGAGGUACUCAACGAUCUACACAAUUUGGGAGCAGAUGUGGCAUAAGAGAAGCAAACCGAAAAACUAAUCCUUAAUAAUACUCGGAAAUUAGACAAAAAAAACACUUGUUAAUCAUAUUUGUAGUUGCAAUCCAAGGAUUUUUGUUAAAUUUAACUGUUACACUUUGAUCAAAAUGGAUUUAUUGCCCUCUAUUAAAGCCUCAAUUGUUCCUCA